AUGUUCACCUUCUGUCCGCUUCAGGGCGCUCUUUCGGAGUCGCUCGCGUCGCAGUCCCUCCUAGAGCUUGAUGGAGGGGUCAAGGUGCUGGUCGAUCUGGGAUGGGACGAGUCUUUCAGCAGCGAGAAGCUCGAGGAGCUGGAGAAACAAGUGCCCACUCUCUCUCUCAUUCUCCUGACCCAUGCGACGGCAUCGCAUCUUGCUGCCUACGCCCAUUGCUGCAAAAACAUCGCUCUCUUCACACGCAUCCCCGUCUACGCGACUCGGCCGGUCAUCGAUCUGGGACGAACGCUCACACAAGACCUCUACUCUUCUACGCCCGCAGCUGCCACGACGAUUCGCCAAAGCUCGCUCUCGGAGACGACAUACGCUUAUUCGCAAACGGUGAACACUGCGCAGAAUCUCCUUCUCCAAUCCCCCACUCCCGAGGAGAUUGCGCGAUACUUCUCCCUCAUCCAGCCACUUAAAUACUCGCAACCCCAUCAACCUCUAUCUUCGCCCUUCUCUCCUCCGUUAAAUGGACUCACAAUUACCGCCUACAACUCUGGGCAUACUCUUGGUGGCACAAUCUGGCACAUUCAGCAUGGACUAGAAUCCAUCGUAUAUGCUGUGGAUUGGAACCAGGCCCGCGAAAAUGUAUUUGCUGGAGCUGCGUGGCUUGGAGGUGCUGGGGGUGGAGGUGCCGAGGUUAUCGAGCAGCUACGCAAGCCAACCGCAUUGAUUUGCAGUUCUCGCGGGGCUGAUAGAUAUGCGCAGGCGGGCGGUCGUUCUAAGCGAGACGAGCAUCUGAUUGAUAUGAUCAAGUCCUGUGUCAGUCGAGGUGGCACAGUUCUCAUACCUGUAGAUUCUAGUGCCAGAGUUUUGGAGAUAUCGUAUCUUCUGGAAAAUGCUUGGAGGACUGAUGCGGCCAAUAAAGAUGGAGUGCUCAAGUUUUCAAAGCUAUAUCUAGCGGGUCGAAAUGUGUCUAGUACCAUGAGAUAUGCGCGGAGUAUGCUGGAGUGGAUGGACAACAACAUUGUCCAAGAAUUCGAAGCUUUUGCAGAGGGCCAGAGGAAAACCAACGGGGGUAGCGAGAAAAAAGAGGGAGCACCAUUCGAUUUCAAGUACCUGCGCCUAUUAGAACGGAAAGCCCAGAUCGCAAAGCUUUUAAGCCAGAGCAUCGAAAAUGGGGAAAGACAGGGACGUGUGAUCCUAGCCAGUGAUGUCAGUAUGGACUGGGGCUUCUCCAAGGAUCUGGUCAAAGGCCUGGCAAAAGACACUCGCAACCUAGUCAUUUUAACGGAGCGGCCUGGAUUGGCCAAUACCGAUGCUCCCUCCAUAUCGAGAACGAUGUGGGAAUGGUGGAAAGAGAGGAGAGAUGGCAUUUCUACAGAGCAUGCCGGCAGCGGAGACAGCCUAGAGACGAUCUAUAGCGGUGGACGUGAGCUGGAGGUUCGUGAAGCUCGCCGCGAACCUCUGGAAGGGGACGAACUUGCCAUCUAUCAACAGUGGUUGGCUACCCAGAGACAGUUGCAGGCAACUCAGCAAGCCGGUGGAGCAGGUGCGCUGGAAGCAUCUGCUGAUGUUGUGGACGAUGCAUCAUCUGAAUCAUCAUCCGACUCUGAAGAAGAGGGUGAACAGCAGGGUAAAGCACUCAAUGUUUCUGCCACAAUGGGUCAGGCCGGCCGCAAGAAUGUAGUCCUCAAAGACGAAGAUCUGGGCAUUAAUAUCCUAAUCAAGAAGAAAACGGUGUUCGACUUUGAUACACGAGGUAAAAGGGGUAGAGAGCGAUCGUUCCCCAUGGCAAUUAGACGGAAGAGACACGAUGACUUUGGCGAACUGAUUCGCCCGGAAGAUUAUCUAAGAGCUGAAGAGAAGGAAGACGACGCAGUGGACGGUGCUCAAAUUGCUGCAGAAGACGAGAAGCUUGGCAAAAAGCGCAAGUGGGAUGAUGUCGUCAAACAGGUGGCUGGUGCCAACAAGCGGCCAAGCACGAACAGAACAGCCACAGCAGACGAUACGGAGGCCAUGGACCUGGCAGAUGGAGCUGUCGCGGACGAAUUAGACAUUGUUAAAGACACUGAGCCAGAGGAGCCUACAGGACCAUGCAAAUUAGUAUACAGCACAGAAUCAGUGGCAGUCAACUUGCGGAUCGCAUUUAUAGACUUUAGCGGAUUGCACGACAAACGAAGCCUCAACAUGUUGAUACCCCUUAUCCAGCCAAGGAAGCUGAUUCUUGUGGGAGGCACUCAGGAAGAGACCAUGGCUCUGGCGACAGACUGUCGGACUGCGCUGGCGUCUGAUGGAGACCGCUCCGUCGAUGUGUUCACGCCUGAGAUAGGCACAUGGGUGGACGCCAGCAUGGAUACAAACGCCUGGGUCGUAAAGCUGGCAGAUCCUCUGGUCAAGAAGCUUAAGUGGCAGAAUGUUCGGGGCCUGGGCAUCGUCACCAUCACAGGCCAGCUGCUUGCCUCAGCCCUGGCUCAAGAAGCAGAAGGCCAAACGCAAGAAGACGCAGCAAAUAAGAGGCAAAAGACCGAGUCCACAGCCGUGGCACUCACCAACGCAGCAGACACGGCUACUAUGCCCACUCUGGACGUCCUUCCUGCAAACCUCAUCUCGGCUGCCCGUUCGGUCGCCCAGUCUCUUCACGUUGGCGACCUGCGACUUGCUGAUCUACGCCGUGCAAUGCAAAGCGCAGGCCACUCAGCCGAGUUCCGCGGCGAGGGUACUCUUGUGGUGGACGGCUCGGUGGCAGUACGUAAGACGGCUGAAGGUCGUAUCGACGUUGAGAGCGUGGGCCUUCCUCUCGGAGGGAAGAGAAGCACACUGUAUGAAGUCAAGAGAGCGAUCUACGAUAAUCUGGCGGUCGUUGCUGGUGCAUAA